UCUGUUCCUUCCCUUUCAUUUUCUUCACUGACAGAGAAUACCUGCACACUUUCUCACGCACGCACGCAUACUCCAAACAGAACCCCACUCCUCAGACACAUACAUCACCUUCCUCUAUCUCGCUCUUUCUCUGCUUUGGCUCUUAUCAUAUCCACUAGCUACAGAGAGAGAGAGAGACAGUGCAGAGAAAACACAGAUCAUAUACCUUCUCAUUAUCAUUUCUAGCCUUUUCACCUCUGCCGCUCGAUUCAUCAAAUCCCCAUGAAACCCUCUUCUCUGUCACCGUUAUAAACUCUUUCUUCGCCUAACUAGCUAAACCACAAACUAGAUUACUAAGUUAACGAAACCCUCUUCUUUUUCGCUUUUCUUGAAUCUUCUCUUCUUUUCUGUUUAGGUUUACAAUAUUUGCAUGCUGUUUCUUUACUUUGGUUUAUAGGCUCUAUGCUAUAUGGGGUUUGAUAUCGGUUCUUUUUAGGAUUUUCGCGUUCUCUUUGGCUUUGUUGUAAGGUUAUAGAGCACAACUGGUGUUGUUUGAUCUUGAUCUGGUGUUUCUUUAAUAUCAUGGAUAGCUACCGCCAUUUUGACAACGGUGAUGCCCAUUUACCUCCGGGCUUUAGGUUCCACCCAACCGACGAGGAGCUUAUCACAUACUAUCUCCUGAAGAAGGUUCUGGACAGCAACUUCACUGGUAGAGCUAUUGCAGAAGUGGAUCUCAACAAAUGCGAGCCUUGGGAGCUUCCUGAUAAAGCUAAAAUGGGAGAGAAAGAGUGGUACUUCUUCAGCUUGAGAGAUAGAAAAUACCCAACUGGGUUGAGAACUAAUAGAGCCACUGAAGCUGGUUAUUGGAAGGCUACAGGGAAAGACAGGGAGAUUUAUAGCUCAAAGACUUGUGCUCUUGUGGGAAUGAAGAAGACAUUGGUGUUCUACAGGGGGCGAGCUCCUAAAGGGGAGAAAAGCAACUGGGUUAUGCAUGAGUAUCGCCUCGAAGGCAAAUUUGCCUACCACUAUCUCUCACGCAGCUCAAAGGACGAGUGGGUCAUCUCCCGAGUCUUUCAGAAGAGUGGCGGCGCCACAUCUAGUAGCAGCGCCAAGAAAGGCCGUUGCAACAACUCCAUCAACCUCUACCCUGAAGCAAGCUCCCCUUCAUCGGUGUCUCUCCCUCCUCUCUUUGACCCUACAGCUACCUCUGCAACUGCUGCCUCGACAGCUACUCUCAACGACCGUGACUGCUGCUCCUAUGACAGCCAUGCCCAAACUGAGCACGUGUCCUGUUUCUCCACUAUUGCAGCUGCAGCCUCUGCUGCUGCUAACCAAAACAACUUAGACUUCGCUCCGCCACCUCUACCUCCUGCUGAUCCAUUUGGCUGUUUUCCAAGAAAUUUGGGGGUUUCUGCAUUCCCCAGCCUGAGGUCUCUGCAGGAGAACCUUCAGCUGCCUUUAUUUUUCUCAUCCCCGUCUCAGGCUGCGCCAACGCCAUAUAAUGGAGGUGGUGCCACUGCCAUGAAUUGGCUGGCAGGUUCAGAUGAUGGUAGUGUUAAUGGUGGAGGUGGUGGUGGUGGAAGGGCGGCUGCUGGUCCCACGGAGCUUGACUGCAUGUGGACCUACUGAAUCUUUAAUGCUAAAGCUAUAAUGUAAUGCAGUACGUGGUGUUAAUUAUCCUCUUAUUAUGUAUCUUUUUCUUCCCAAUGACUGAAUUAUGUACUUUGCUGCAAACUUGUAUAAUUAGGGCUAUCCGUAGGGCUUAUGUUUUUGUCUUUUAAGUGUUGAUGACUAUGCUAAUGUAAAAGUGCUGUGGUUUUGGAUUCUGAUGGCACGAAUGACAAAGUUGACUGUUAUCUUCUUGCGAUCCAAAGGGAAAGAGCAUUAAAUAGGUUGUUGAAACAGGAAGGACACGUACAA